AUGUCGUAUAUGCGCCGGCCCUCGGCGACCAGCGACCGAGCAUACACCAACGGAGACGGCUACCAGUUCCCGCGACGCUACGACCUCGACACGACAAGCAGGGACAACAGCGCAGACGAAAGGAGUCGAUCAAGAGGUCCUGCUGCUGGAAAUGGUUAUGGCGGUCUCGUUCGUGGAGCACAGGAUGACUAUAUCCCUCGAGUAGGCAGUCCAGCCCGACUGGAGCGGAGCAAGAGAGCCAGUGGAGAAGGCAGACCAGGCAGCAGGAGCAGGAGCAGAGCCGCCAGCGAGAUGCGCAAUGCAGAGAACAGCAGGCAGGUCGAGGAGAUUCUGCGCUACAUCGACCGCCAUUGGGGCCAAAUGGCAAAUGAGUCGUGUGUGCCUGUUAAGGUUGCCCUCCAGCUCAUGGACCAGAGCUCUCUCGGUCUGGCCGACCAGUACCAAAGCUUCCAAGAGACACACCAACAGUUACAAAAUGCUCUCAAGGCCAUUGUCAACCAGCACCAUCAAGGCUUCAACUCGUCCAUUGGUACUUUCCAUCAGAUCCAAUCCAGCAUCCAAUCCUCGCAGCAAAGAGUCCGCUCCUUGAAACAGUCCCUCGUCCAGGCCAAAGGGAACCUUCGUACUACUCGUCCCGAGCUCAAAGCGUUUGCUCAGUCAAGUCAGAGCUACGACCACAUGCUGCAGACUCUGGCAUACAUUGAGCAGUUGCAACUCAUGCCUGCCAAACUCGAAGCCCAGAUCUCAGAGAAGCGCUUCCUCGGUGCUGUAGAGACACUGCAGGACGCCCUCAAACUCAUGCACAAGCCCGACAUGGAAGAUAUUGGUGCCUUGAGCGACUUGCGUGUCUACUUCAGCAACCAAGAACACUCCAUUACCGACAUACUCAUCCAAGAACUGCACAGCCACCUCUAUCUCAAGAGCCCUUACUGCGAAGAACGAUGGAAGCAAUACGCCAACCGCUCUACUACUACUGGUACUACCUCAUUCGAGAUCGAGGGUCGUCAGUUGUACCGCUUUCUCGAGGCUUUUGAUCCAAAUCAGAUCCUGACCGAAGACACGUCCCGCAAUCCCGAAGCAGACACUUUCUCCUACAUCCAGCUCCUGGUUGAAGCACUCGAUCGCAUGUCACGUCUGGACCUUGCAGUCGAUCAAAUCGAGCAGAGACUGCCCGUCGAGCUGUUCCGUGUCGUUGAGAGAUCAUAUACCGAAGUCGAGCAAAACUAUCCUGGUCUCAUUCGUGGCGCCGCAAAGCAGCAACACUUCCAGCUUGAUAACAUCAAUGCUGACAUCAACCAAGACAAGAAGAUGAUCCUUGAAGACAUGCUGUCUACCUUGUACGCCAAAUUCGAAGCCAUCGCAGAAGGUCACCGUGUUCUACAUGAAGUCAUUCGUGGUAUAUUAUCCCGCCAAGGCAGUCAUGAACCCGCCUUGUUGCGCAGCUUCCGCGAACUCUGGAAACUGUAUCAGAGUGAGAUUCGAAGUUUGCUGCAUGACCAUCUGGCUGCUAGUGGUAGCCCUGAGAACUCAUCACAUCCCGAACAUCAUCAUGCAGCAAACAUCUUCAAGCCUCAUGCUCGGGAUCGUAACAAACGCUUGUUCAAGUUGGCAGAUACAGACAGCAAGUCAACCGAACUGACCAUCGANAAAGAAGACCUCGACUUCAUUCUCAAAUCUUCGGUCCCUGGCCUGGCAGCCACAGGCACAACGCCUGCUGUCAAGGAUGCCGAGAAUGAAAAGAACGAAGAUCGUUCAGCUACUGGCCACAAGCUGUUGGUUGAACCUAGUGUCUUCAACAUGGGUAUCCUGCUGCCUCCUUCAUUGUCUUUCUUGACAAGGCUAAAGGAUGUUGUACCACCAAGCUCCGAGAUUGUGACAAGCACUCUCACCUCUUUCCUCGACGACUUUUUGAUCAACGUCUUCCUUCCGCAGCUGGAAGAAGCCUUGACAGAUAUGUGUAUGGCUGCAUCUGCAGAAAGCGAUGCCUUCCAGCAAGACCCCAAAUGGCAGGUGCGAGCACAGAAACCAGUCUUCAAGGGCACGGCAAACUUCCUUGACUUGAUCAAAGCCUUUUGCAUGCUGCUGGACAGCCUGCCUCAUGAUCAAGCAUUCAGUCAAUUGGUCAUGGCACAAAUGCGCAUCUAUUACGACAAGUGCUACAAUUGGUACCGCGCACUAGUCAUGCGACCACAACAAAACUCCAGCGAAGAAAGGAAACCCAAGCGAUCGGCCGCACUCGCAGAGUAUAACGCAGACAUGCGAGACGCAGUAGCCACCCUUCUUGCUCAUGAAGCCGAAAACGCAGACGACGUCCAACGCCUGAUGCAAGAACAAACCGCAUCACUGAUUGCCAACGUCAAAGCCUCCUCACUCACAGACGCAGACCUGAUCUUCGAUCGCAAAUGCGUCAGCGGGUUGUGUACAUUAUACAACAGCACGCGCUGGUUUGUCGCCCACAUCACUCAACUGCGCCACAUGUCCAGCUCAAUGUCCAACUCCAACACCUCCACAACAUCUUCACGGCAUCAAACUCGUCGCUGGACAACUUUGAUAUCGCCCAACCCUCAUGCUGCAGUCUAUCUCCCUCUAGACACACAAUCCUCUCGCGACUUUGACGCCAUCACUACAUCAAUGACCGACCUCGGAUCUCUAAUCCUACGAACCUUGCAUCUUGAAAUGCGCCUUCAAAUCCUUUCUGGAGUUUCUCGAGCAUUGAAUACGACUUAUCUGCUCGGUCAACCUUAUAAUGAUCCAGACCCUUCUAUUCUCUCUCUCUCAACCCACCUUCUAAACUUCGACGAGGAUUUGUCUCUGAAUCUUCCUUCUGCCCAACAUCGUCUGCUGGUGCUGCAUCUCGCCCAUCCAGCUUCUAUAGCUUUAACUUCUUUCACAAGCACCAUUCCUGCAAUGGAUGUCCACGGUAUAGGCCGCAUGCACCUCAACAUCCUGGUUUUGCAACAAGUGCUCAAAGACAUCGAGUCCUCAUCAUCUCUUCAACAAGCAGCAGAUUUCUGGAGUUGGUUUAGCGAUAAGCCUAAAGAUAUGGUUGAUGCUGUUACUCAAGGGGAAUUGACGAAGAUGGAAGCGAAAGAGUUGGUUAGGCUUUGGGGUAGUGGGAAGGGAGAUAUCGGUAGAGUGGAAGUCGAAGAGGCGUUAAGAGGUUUAGAUUAG